AUGGAAACUUUCCAUUGUUAUGAACUCCCAGAGGAUCUGCUAGAUUAUCGCUCAAGCGAAUCACGUCGUAGGCUCAGCCGAUGUUUGAGCAAUGGCAGCGCCGUUCCUUUUCUUUCGUUAUCGUCAUGCUAUAAUACCCAAUCCGAGCUGAUGUUUUGUGGACUCUCUUCACUCGCUGUAACUCUCAAUGCGCUGCGGAUAGACCCGCAAAGAAUUUGGAAAACCCCGUGGCGCUGGUUCACGGAGGAGCUUCUCGAUAACUGCAGACCCAUAGAUGUGGUCAGAGAAGCUGGAGGAAUCACGAUGGAAGAGUUUUCGUGUCUCGCCAAGUGCAAUGGUGCAGUGUGUAGCACGACGAGAGCUGAAGACACCGAGCAAAGCUUCCAGCUUUUUCGUGACACCGUGAUAAGUGUCUGUACGGGUAGGCAAGGUUUGUGCACCGACAACCCUUUAGACACAAGAGAACAGGAACCGCUGGAGUUGAUGGUUUUGUCGUUUCAUCGCUCUGGAUUGAAUCAGAUUGGCGCUGGUCAUUAUAGCCCGAUUGCUGCUUACGAUGAUGAGAAUGACUCAGCAUUAAUCCUGGAUGUUUCUCGAUACAAGUACCCGCCAUUUUGGGCACCUGUUAGGAAGCUUUUCGAUGCAAUGUUGGCGAAAGACCCAGUAACAAAUAAAAGCAGGGGAUACUUUGUGCUGAAAGCGAAAAAGGAGGAAACCUUGGGAUGUUGUUCUUGUCAUCGAAAGAUCGCAUAA